UUACAUAUUAUUGUAUAUGUGUGUUUAUGGUUAAUGAUAUAUUAUUACGUAUAUAAUGAGUUAUUACAUAUUAUUGUAUAUGUGUGUUUAUGGUUAAUGAUAUAUUAUUACUUAUUACAUAUUAUUGUAUAUGUGUGUUUAUGGUUAAUGAUAUAUUAUUACUUAUUACAUAUUAUUGUAUAUGUGUGUUUAUGGUUAAUGAUAUAUUAUUACGUAUAUCAUCAUUCAUGUGGUUCAUAA